ACCCCUGGGAACAAGAUCCCGCAGUCCGGUCGCCCAGCACUCUUCAGCGGUAGGCCCACAUGGAGGGGACUGCGGAGUCCCAAUCGCCUGACCUUCGAGACGUGGAAGGCAAGGUGGGCAGGAAGACCCCUGAAGGGCUGCUCCGCGGGCUGCGAGGCGAACGGGAGCCAGGAACCUCUGGCGCCCUGCUGCUCUCGGGGGCGCCUAGCAUGGGCCACGGCCUGGGGGACAAGAUCAUGGCGCUGAGGAUGGAGCUGGCUUACCUGCGAGCCAUCGAUGUGAAGAUCCUGCAGCAGUUGGUGACUUUGAAUGAGGGCAUCGAGGCUGUGCGCUGGCUGUUGGAGGAGCGGGGGACAUUGACCAGCCACUGCAGCAGCCUUACCAGCAGCCAAUAUAGCCUGACAGGCGGGAGUCCAGGCCGCUCAAGGCGAGGCAGCUGGGACAGCCUGCCAGACACCAGUGCUACUGACCGGCUGGACAGUGUCUCCAUUGGCAGUUUCCUAGACACAGUGGCCCCCAGCGAGAUGGAUGAACAGGGGCCCCCUGGGGGUCCCCGUCCUGAGAUGGACUGGGCAAAGGUUAUACCCAGUGGGGACAGGGCCAGGACUGAGGUGGACCUGACGGCCACCAGGCUAGGGAACUUGAGGGCUGUAUGGAAGCCCCCAGGGGAGGGGCUCCAAGGUGGACCUCCUGAACCAGUAGAGGAUGAAAGUGCUAAGCUGGGCUUUGAGGCCCACUGGUAUUGGGGGCAGUGCCAGGAUGAUGUGACCUUCUUGUAAUAACUUUCCCAUCCUUUUGUA